AUGGAAGGAGAGAAAAAGAUCUCUAUUUCUGAAAGAGGGGCAGAUAAGAACGUAUGGGACGAGUAUAGUAUUCUUAAUGACAGCGACUGUGAGAAAGGAAGUGUGGACAAAGAAAACUCUCUGGAAUGGAAGUCGUUUGAAAACGGUGAAGGAAGCUUUUCUAGAAAAUUGCCAGAGAGUACAAAGCAUGACCUGAAUGGGAAUGUGUCUCCUGUAAAAAGGCACAAGCAUGGUGGAGGGAUUGAAGGGAGAGACAGCAGUGUGGAGACGUUGGAAGUGGUGGAGGAUAGAGCGAAGAACACUAAGCUUAGUGAUGUAAGAGAAGAGCUCUCUGUGGUAGGAAGAGCUUCUGAGAAAGGCAGCCCUGAGGGCAAGGGAGAUAUCCUGAACAUUUCAAAGCAGAGAUACGAGGAGCAUAUGAGGAAAGCAAAGUGUAUGAAUGGAGAGCACGAGCCCGUGAAAGUAUUAGGAGAGAAUGACGAGAAAGGCCAAGAAAUACAACUAAAAAAGGAGGAAAAUAUGAGAAGAGCCAUCAAGAUGCAGGAGGAGGAGAUCCAGAUGAAGAAUCAGGAGAUUCUCUUACUCAGAGAAAGGAUAUCAAGGCUUGAGGCAAGGAUGAAGAUAGAUGGAAAGGAGUAUGUUUCAGAAUGUGUUCUUAGGGGAGAGGAGGCGAUAAGGAUACUGGAAGAGGAGAUAAAGAAGGAAAGAAGUGGAUUUCUGAAGAAGAUUGGAGAGGAAAUGGAAAGGUCGAAGAUGCUAAUGAAAAGGGUUGAUGGACUUAAGAAAAUCAUAAACGAGCUAGUCCGGAAGAUAAAGGGGAUGAAGCAGAAAACAGAGGGGUCGAGGGCGGAAGGCAGACUUUGA